AGAAAAUUAAAGAAAAUGAAUGAUGGUUGCUUGCUUUCCCAGGCAGAGCAAGAGAAACCAAAUACAAUGUUAAUUUCCUGGAAAGAAAUGGACACUUACCAAAAGGCCAUGGCAAAGAUGGCCAAUGACAUUCUGAGUCUACGUAAUAAAGUGAGCACGCUGGAGACAGAAAAUAACAAUCUACGGCAUCAGGUGUCCACACAGGAGCGAAUGGGUAAUACUUCUGAAGAAGAAGAAGAAAUAAUAGGAAACAUGAAGCAAAAACUUUCCCAGAGCAGCACAGAGAUGAGAAGGUUGAAAGAUAGGGUACAACAGCUGCAGAAUGAGUUAAUUCGGAAAAAUGAUCGGGAGAAGGACUUGUUGCUAAUGCAACAAUCUCACCAUCAACAGCAGCAAAAUCUGAGAAGGUAUCAGGACAAGUUGCAGAAAAUGAAGAGUCUGGAACAAACUGUGAAGAACCAGGAGAAGGUCAUUCAAACAAUGGAGAAGAUCUUAGAAGAUAAACUAAAUAGGUCUAGCAAAGAAAGAGAGAGGGAAAGAGAAAUAUCUGAAACAGCAUCACCAAUGGGGCGGCCUCUGGGAAAGCAUUCCAGUGGCCCCAUGGGAGAGAAUGUUCCCUUUGACUUUUACUCCAUUUUGAUGUCCGAGAAUGCCAGGCUGCGAAGUGAGUUGGAUAAAACCCGCCACCAGUCUUCCCCCAUCAUCCUGCAGCAGCAAGCCCUGCCGGACUUCCUCUCUGGUACCUCGGACAAACUCAAUCUUAUGGCCAAAUUGGAGAGCGCUCAAAAUCGUAUUCGGACUUUGGAGAGCGAGCUGGAAGACUCAGCACGGCGCUGGGGCCAAGAAAAGCAAGACCUGAAAUCGAGGCUGAUGGAAAAGGACAAUGGUUUCAGCCCUUCCUCGACAGAAGUCCCAAUGAGGAACCAGAACUCCAGAGAAUGGAAAUGACAGACCUAGAGUCACAAAACAAAGGAAUACUACGGACAGUACGGCCACCAAGAGCCCGCAAAAACCGGAUCCGUUAUCGUUCAAUCCAGAGCCUGACCCGUAAAGGCCAAUCACAAACAGAUCUGAAAUCUACCUGAUAAAACCACAGAAACAGGCCUCCCCUCACAUUCUUCUCCUGGAAUCAGAUCCCUAACAACUUUAUUAAAUACAUAAAUCUU